AUGAUGGGCUGCAUAAAGACUCGUCACUUUGUGACUACACCUCCGUUGCCCUCGAGUUCCCCUGCUCCCGUCGUGGAGUACAUGGAGCUAUCUCCUCUCCCGCACAAAGCACCAUUCUUUUCACAGAUGGAGAUCAGCUCUCCGACGCCAGGCUCCAUGACUUCGUACGACCAAGAUAUGGUGCUUGACUCGCCAGCUCCCAUCCCUCGCCAGCUCUCGUCGGAGGCGGCCAACUAUUUUCUGGCUGAUCGUAGGAUAGCAGCCCCACGUAGGCCUUCAUUAAGUCGGAUGAAAGCUUUUAGUUCCACUCCAAUGCUCUCGAGAGCUCAAAGCGACACCCACAACCCGUUGCCCCCCUUCCGCUUUGGCGCCGACUCCGCCAUGAACUCCAAUCUCUCUCUAUGGGAAUGCUUCGAAUCCGCUUCUCCGCCCCAGGACCGGAAGCAGCCGGUACCUGACAAUAGCCCCUGCGUGCUGGCUGCAGUUUCUCGACCUCGCCCUUUAUUUACUGGUGUUGGUGGUGCUGGAGCCACACGCUUUGGAUCACCCAUCAACGGCCAUGCCAGAAGGCAGUCGAAUCCAUUCUUAAGGAACCCCAAGCAAGUUCGCCGGUCGUUGAGCAUGUUUGAACACCCGGCCGAUAUCAUGAAGCCCAAGACUGAAGUCGAGGAGCCACCCGCUUCAUCAUUGAAAUCCGUCAUGGAUAUUGAAGAAGUGCAUGAACCCGUACUUCCCCAUUUCUUGCUGGAUGAUCCCACCGAUUCUAUUCCUCGAAUUGCCAAAGAGACAUUGCUUGACGUUCUGGAUGGUAAAUUCGCCGAGCAUUUUGAUCAAAAAAUGGUUAUUGAUUGUCGCUUCGAAUAUGAGUAUGACGGAGGACACAUCGAGGGAGCCGUCAACCACAACGAUAAGGAACUACUGGCUACCCAACUAUUUCAAACACCAAUUACGGGUCGCACUUUAUUGAUAUUCCACUGCGAGUAUUCAGCCCACCGUGCACCAUUGAUGGCCCGCCACGUCCGCUCUCAUGACCGGACAGUCAAUGCAGAACACUACCCCAAGUUGACAUAUCCAGAGGUGUAUAUUCUUGAUGGCGGAUACAGCGGGUUCUUUGCCGAACACCGUGGGAGAUGCUACCCUCCUGAAUACGUUGAAAUGUCCGAUGAGAAGCAUCAACGCACAUGUGAAAGGGAAAUGAGUCGUUUAAAAGCGAGAAAGGGCUUGGGGCGCUCCCAAACUUUCGCUUUCGGACAGCGAGAGCCCUGCAUAAACGACUCUCCCACCGCACAGAUUCGACCCAGCUCACGGAACACGACACUGUCGAUGCUGACUCGUCGGAUGGCCUCCUACUGA